AAUCAAGAGAUGAUGUUUGGCAUUUGUUGGGGCCCAACUCAAAUGCUUAGCCACCACUUACAAAACAAUAUAAGGGCAGCAACAAUGAAGCUUCUUAUAUUACAUCCUAGGAAGCUUACCAAGAAACACCCUCCACUAAGUUGUAAGACAAAUCUUACCUAGUAUAUACCAAUGCACACUCAGUUGAUGAUCAUGGCUGAUUAUGAUCCCAAUACAAACAUGCCCGGUGACGGUUUCGGGUCAGAGCACGAUGCACCGGUGGCCGCUCCCCAUGACAUCAACUUUCAGGUUUCUGACUUCUUUGAGUUCAGUGACUGGAUUGAGGAGAAUCCAGCGUUUUCCUCCAUCCCUGCAGGUUAUAAUUCUCAAAAUCCAAACUAUACGCCUCAUGUAAUAGUGGCCAACUCCACUGGAAUUAGCAGCAGCAGCAGCAGCUUCAGUGAGGGGACCAUCAACAGAGACAGUGGGAGUGGGAGGGAGAAGAAGGAAAUCAAAGACAAGGUUGCUUUCAAAACAAAGUCUGAGGUUGAGGUACUGGAUGACGGCUUCAAGUGGAGGAAGUAUGGGAAAAAGAUGGUCAAGAAUAGCCCAAAUCCAAGGAACUAUUACAGGUGCUCAGUUGAAGGGUGCCCGGUGAAAAAGAGAGUUGAACGGUACAAAGAGGAUCCACGUUAUGUGGUAACAACCUAUGAGGGUAUCCACAACCACCAAGGUCCACAGCUCUGAUUUCAUCAUAGAAA